GAUCGCUUAUUGUAAAUUCGAAUUUCAAACGUUGAAGUGAAAAUUGAAGAUGGCCCGUACCAAGCAGACUGCUCGUAAAUCCACUGGUGGCAAGGCGCCACGCAAACAACUGGCUACUAAGGCUGCACGUAAAAGUGCUCCAGCAACCGGUGGCGUGAAGAAACCUCAUCGUUAUCGCCCUGGCACUGUUGCCCUGCGUGAAAUCCGUCGUUACCAGAAGAGUACCGAGCUGCUGAUCCGCAAACUGCCUUUCCAGCGGUUGGUUCGUGAAAUCGCUCAAGAUUUCAAAACCGACUUGCGUUUCCAGAGCUCGGCAGUAAUGGCACUGCAGGAAGCUAGCGAAGCCUAUCUGGUCGGUCUCUUCGAAGAUACCAACUUGUGUGCCAUCCAUGCCAAGCGUGUCACAAUCAUGCCCAAGGACAUUCAACUGGCCAGACGUAUUCGUGGCGAGCGUGCUUAAGUUGAUAUUUCUUCGACAAGCGCAUAGCAAUUGUAUUCAAAUCGGUCCUUUUCAGGACC